UCAAAAUAUGGCAAAGGUUCAGGUGAACAAUGUAGUGGUGCUGGACAAGCCGUCUCCCUUCUACAACCCCUUCCAGAUCACCUUCAAGUUCAUCGAGGACCUGUCUGAAGACUUGGAAUGGAAAAUUAUCUAUGUGGGCUCCGCAGAAAGUGAAGAAUAUGACCAAGUUUUAGACUCUGUUUUAGUGGGCCCUGUUCCUGCCAGGACAAUGUUUGUGUUUCAGGCUCAUGCACCUAGCCCAGGACUCAUUCCAGAUGCAGACGCAGUGGGUGUAACAGUUGUGCUAAUUACUUGCACCUAUGAAGGUCAGGAAUUUAUUAGAGUUGGCUAUUAUGUAAAUAAUGAAUAUACUGAAACAUUAAGGGAAACUCCACCAGUAAAGCCAGAGUUUUCUAAGCUUCAAAGGAACAUUUUGGCAUCUAAUCCCAGAGUCACAAGGUUCCACAUUAACUGGGAAGAUAACACAGAAAACCUGGAAGAUGCAGAGAUCAGUAAUCCAAAUCUACAGUUCCUUCUUUCCACAGAUGCAAUACCCUCAGCAUCAAAGGGAUGGUCCACAUCAGAAAACUCACUAACGUGCUUGCUUCGGCAGCACACAUGCUAAAAUUGGAACAAUACAGAGAAGAUUAGCAU